CUGACGUCGUUUCCGUUUAGUGAACCAGAGAAAUGCCUGUGUAAAGUAUGUCGGUGCAGCGGGCCACGUUUUUAUCGAUGAUGUGUUGUUAGUUUUUGGUCCGAGUUACGCUCAAAGUGACGUUAAGAAGCCGGGGUUGACUUUAUUAGCCGCUAACGUCUGGAAAACCGUCGUAAGUAGAAAACUGAUUCUUCCGUAACUUCGGUUUACCAGCUCGUGUUUGUGACCCGCCAAAAGCCGUGGAUCUUCAGCGAGGAAGUGACCAUUUUGUCUGUCAGCUCUCCUCGAUAAAGUUAUAUUUUUAUCUUUAAAGAGAAAAUGAGCGGCGGGUUCAACUUCGGCCAGCCCUCAGGGGGCUUCACCUUCGGUCCUCAGAAGUCUGCAGCUCCAACCCCAGCCGCCGCCACGGGCUUUGGGCUAACGGGCUCCACACCUGCUGCCGCCACCGGAGGAGGAGGAUUUACCUUUGGCACUUCCACCCAGACCAACGCCAGCACCACCGGGACUUUCAGCUUUGGCACUCAGGCGAAGAGCACUGCAGCAGGCGGAGGGUUCUCUUUCGGGACACCCGCCAGCACAUUUGGCAUGAAUGCGGCUCCUCAAACCACAGCAACACCGGGGUUGACUUUAGGCUCCACAGCAGCGGCUCCAGCUGCAGGGUCAGGGUUCACUCUGGGCGGCGGGCUGUCCGCCCAGACCACCGCUGCCGCUCCUGCAGGAGGAGGCUUCACCUUUGGAGCUGCUCCUCAAGCUCAACCCCAGCCCCAAACUCAAACUCAACCUGCAGCCGCUCCAUCAGCCGCCCCAGCUGCUGCCCCAGCUUCAUCAGGUGGCCUGUCCUUUGGAGGGUUCAGUUUUGGAGCUACAAAGGUCCAGGUGACCACAGCGGCAGCCUCCACUGCUGCCCCCGGAGGAGGCUUCAGCUUCGGCACCACUGCUCCUUCCACCCUCACCCAGUCCCAGCCAGCCUCCACUACUGCAGCCACAACAGGCCCGGGUGGAGGCUUUGCCUUUGGGAUCAAACCUUCAUCCACCCCAGCCCCUCCUGUAGUGACCCAGGCAGCCCCGGCUACAGGCCCCUCUCUCUUUGCUUCACCUAUCACUACAGCAGCUGCCCCCACCGCCACGGCAACGGGUACAGGCUUUACUUUGGGUGCUGCUCCAGCUCCUGCAGCAAGCAUCACCCCUGCAACAACCUCAGCAGCUCCUGCAGGCUUGUCUUUUAUGCUCAAACCUCUGGGCUCAGCUCCUGCCACAUCUGUCGCUGCUUCUCCUGCCACAACUGUAGCCGCCACAACAGGAGCUGCUACUGGUUUCACUCUGGGACUCAAACCUGCUUCCAGUGUCAGUGCCACCACAACCGCUACAGCCACAACAAUCGCCACUGCCGCAGCUCCUCCGGUGAUGACCUACGCCCAGCUAGAGGGUCUCAUAAACAAGUGGAGCCUUGAGCUUGAGGAUCAGGAGAGACAUUUCUUACAGCAGGCCACUCAGGUGAAUGCCUGGGACCGCAUGCUGGUGGAGAACGGAGAGAAGAUCACAUCUCUGCAUAAGGAGAUGGAGAAGGUGAAGCUGGACCAAAGGAGGCUAAACCAGGAGCUGGAUUUCAUCUUGUCCCAACAGAAGGAGCUGGAGGACUUGCUCUGCCCGCUCGAGGAGUCGGUGAAAGAGCAAAGUGGAACCAUCUACAUGCAGAACGCUGAUGAGGAACGUGAAAGAACGUACAAGCUUGCUGAGAACGUGGACGCACAACUGAAGAGGAUGUCACAGGACCUGAAGGAGAUCAUCGAGCACCUGAACACAUCCAGUGGUCCAGCAGACACCAGCGAUCCACUUCAGCAGAUCUGUAAAAUCCUCAACGCCCACAUGGACUCCCUCCAGUGGAUCGAUCAGAACUCGGUUCUCUUGCAGAGGAGAGUGGAGGAAGUGUCCAAAAUGUGCGACUCUCAGCGCAAGGAGCAGGAGAAAACCUUUCGUUUAACAUUUGACUGAUCUGAAACAAAAAUCUGUUUGUUGACAUAGCGCCACAUGUGGAAUUAUUAGCAGUCAUUAACAGCAGGGUCGCAUGAUCUGGAUUCAGCACAAUCCCCAUCAAACCCUGUUUUUCUUUCUGUUGUUUUGAGUUGUCUGGUUUGCAUAAAGAUGAAUAUUUUCAGUGCAAUAGCCAACAUAUAUAUAGUCGUGGCUAUGAUCAUCUGUUCCUAUGUAAAUUGCUCUGCUUGUUCUAAAUAGUACAAUUAAAUAAAUCUUUGGAAUAAGAA